AUGAUGCUACACUUAAAUUUCCAUGGUAACAGCCAUAAUGAGUCGAAUGAUGUAGAAAUAAACUGUAAUGGUGAAGUUAUUUUAAAACGUCGUAAACAUUUAAACCAGAAAAGAGGAUAUUCUUUACUCACUGGACUACUUCAAAAUAUCACUGUCUAUUGUUAUGUGAUGAUAUUUUUACUUUGUGCUCUUAUCUGUCUUUUCAUAUUAUUUUAUUUAUGUUAUUUUUUUACUUCUAAUUUGAUUCGUUUUUUGUUGGACAUUUUGUAUUAUUGGAAAGGUGUAACAUUCAUUUCGAAUGUCUAUUGUAUAAAUGCUCAAUUAUCAAUUGUUAUUAUAUUAUUCUUUUCUUAUACAUUCUAUUGGUUAUACGACUGGGGUUCAGAAAAUCAUGGUGGACAUCGAAGACAAUUUAUGCGUCAGUUAAUAAUAUGGAAAUGGAUAGCUGACUAUUUCCCAGUACAUUUAGUUAUCAGCAAGGAUUUUAUAAAAUAUAUAAAAUUUAGAUAUACAACAAAACAAAGGUCAGUCAUUUCCGAUUCAAAUAUCAAUAAGUGUCUGGAUAACUAUGAUGGCAUUACUACACCUUCUGAUCUUGAUGAUAACAAUAAUGGUGGUUGUGAAGAAAUCGAGGAGAUUCCAGUGACAAGCAGUUUAUUGACAGACGCUAAUUAUUUAGUCGGUUUUCAUCCCCACGGUAUAUUGGCAACUGGAGCCUUUAUCAACUUUGCAACUGAGGCGACUGGUUUUUCAAAAGUGUUUCCAAGUUUUAAACCAUUUCUGGCUGCAAUGAAAACACUUUUUAUACCACCAUUAUAUCGGGAUUUUUUAAUGUCAUUGGGAAUAAUUUCUGCCGAUAAAACUGGAUUGUUAAAUGUACUGAACAAAAGUAAUUGUAAUCAAACGGGAAAUUUUGUUGUCGUUGUUCUUGGAGGUGCUGCUGAAGCCUUAGAUGCAAGACCUGGGAAAUAUGUGAUUCACAUAAAUCAACGUUUUGGAUUUUUUAAGUUAGCCUUACAAACUGGGGCAUAUUUGGUACCGUGUAUAUCAUUCGGUGAACAAAGUUUGUAUAAACAAGUUGCUAAUGACCAAGGAUCAUGGUUGCGAUGGUUACAGGAUAAAUUUACGUCAAUUUUUGGAUUUGCUGUACCUAUAUUCUAUGCUCAUGGUCCAUUCCCUUAUCGUAGACCAAUAUAUACUGUAGUCGGUGCACCAAUUUACUGUGAACAAAUAAAAGAACCAACAGAUGAACAAGUUGUUCACAUUAAAGACAUCUAUAAAAAGAAACUACAAUCCUUGUUUGAAGAAUACAAGAGAAUUUAUGAUCCACAAGCCGAAGAUAUUCAAUUUAUAUAAAAUAAUAAAUUAUAUUUUUGGGAGAAUUUCAAAUUAAUCAUUCGUAAUCCCUAUGAAAUAUUGAAGAGUUCGUUAAUUUAAACAACGUACUACUGAAAUCAAUCUUACAUUUUAUGUCUUUUAUGCCUGUGAUAGAAUUAAUAAGAAUGGAUUAUAAAAAUGGAAUUUAAAGUUAUGUGAUAUUUUUAACUGGUUGCUUCCUACAUUCAAUUACAAAUCAUCCAGUCCUCGGUAUGUAAUGAAUAUACAUCUUGUAUAGUGUACGUCAAACUUAAGAAUAAUUAAUAAUCAGACUUAAAAAUCCUACUUAAAUGGG